CAUGUCAAUCAUACGCCCCUAUAAAGGUUCGCGUGUGAUACGGGGCCCGGACUGGGCAUAUGGGAAUCAGGAUGGUGGAAUUGGUCACAUCGGUACUGUAGUGGAGGCUGACCCAGAAUCUCAGGUGUGCAGUGUACUGUGGGAUUAUGGGAUGUUGAUGGAGAACUGUCAUGCUGGUGAUGAUGGGAUAGAUAUACGUGUUAUUGACACUGAAACCUCAGAUUUCGACAACAAUAUUCAAAAAGCCAAUUGUGACACUUGUGUAAAAGAGAACAAGAUCAUCAGUGGAUUUCGUUGGAAGUGUGUUGAGUGUAGCGACUUUGACAUAUGUAAUCUGUGCUACAUGGAGGGAAAACAUGACACAAGUCACCACUUUAUGAGGUUUGACAACAAACUUGCCCCUGUAUUUCCAGUACCUCCUAGGAAAAGGAGCAGGAGACUGAAAGUUUAUAGUGUGAUGCCUGGUGCUAAAGUAAAAAAGUCAAGACGGAAAGGAGCUGAUUCAGAAAUAGGAGAAAUAACGACGGUUACAAGGAUUGAUAACACAAUGAACCAAGAGAUUACGGUGGAGUGGAAGUCAGGGGAGACAACUACACAUUUAGCUGGCCCAAAAUGUAAAUUUGACCUUGUGUCGGCUCAUCCUACAAUAUCAAUAUAUUGUGACCAUCUCCCAUUGGCAGAUUUUAAUAGGAUCCCAGAUUCCUGGAUUAAUGUUGGUGACACUGUACAGAUCAACCUAAAUGUUGACACAUUUAAAAGCUUGCAGAAGGAUUAUGGAGGAUGGAACGACUCAAUGGAGAAGAUAUUGGGAGAGAUGGGUACUGUAUAUGAGGUGGAUGUCCUCAAGUUCAGUGUGUAUUACACAGUGUCAGAACGUACAUGGUAUGUGUGCACCAAUGCCUGUGUCAAGAUUUCUAUACCAGAGGCAGGAGAUCAGGUGAAAGUACUGGAGAACCAAGCCAUAGUACAGGAACGCCAGAACAGACAUGGUGGCUGGCGAGAAAAUAUGAAGGAUAUUCUUGGUAAGGUUGGUGAGGUAGAGAGAGUUGAUAGCUCUGGAGAUCUGACAGUGGCCUUUACUUCAGGAAUUCACCUCCUUAAUCCAUCCUGUUGUAUCAAGGUCAUUGAUUCUGAUCAGCUCCCUCCCAAAACCAAAGACACAGAGACAACGAAAGCGGACAGAAGAAUUACUGACCAGUCAAAAGUGAAAACAGGAUCGCAGACAGAAGAAAUGAGGGAUAAACAAGAGAGAGAUAUGUCAAAUGAAGGAAAGAAAACCUAUGUGACUGUGGUUGAUAAACAGGAAGAAGUGGACAGUGAAAAAGAGCGUCCAUAUGAAGAUGACGAGGAUGAUGGCAUUGACUUCCUGCAGUGGCUCACCGAGACAGAGUUUGAGGAGAUGAUGGACCCUGGUAUACGUGUUGUUAGAGGAAAGGACUGGAAAUGGGGAGAGCAAGAUGGAGGGGAGGGAAAUGUUGGCACAGUUAUUGAUGUUGGGACCAAGGAGGAUGGAAGCUGUCCACCAAGAUGUGCCAUUGUACAGUGGGACUCUGGAUACAGAAAUACCUACAGGGCUGGCUUUGAUGAUGCAUUUGACCUCAGAAUUUAUGACACAGCCACAAUAGGUAUCAGACAUCCAUCUGUCACGUGCAGUGUAUGUGAGGAAUCUGACUUGAUGGGGUUCAUAUGGAAGAGUGAGUCCAGACCAGACACCAUCCUGUGUAGCACUUGUUACCAUGGUGACAAGCAUGAUGUGAAACAACACUUUCUAAGAAUCAACAAGCCAGGAGACACUGGAGUCCGUGCUAACAAGCGUGAGAUGUCAAAGAAAGUAAUCGCCAAAGGAGUGUUUGAGGGAGCAAGGGUGUCUCGGGGACCUGACUGGAUGUGGGAGGCUCAAGAUGGAAAUGGAAUGGGUAAGGUGAUUGCAGUGGUCAACUUCAGCCUGGAUACUGACCGAGAUGCUGUGGAAGUUACUUGGGAUAUAGGUCAAACCAAUGUAUAUCGCCAUGGUUACGAUGGGAAGUUGGACUUGAAAUGUGUCAAACCGGUGCCUGGUGGCACAUACUACAGGGACCAGCUUCCAGACCUCAAAAUCAACUUAGAUACGGUGCCAGCACCUGCAGCGAGUGUAAGUGAGGCAGGAUCUGACCGACUGUUGGCUGGGGAUGCUGUGAGGAUUGGUGUGGAUCCAGAGGUUUUACAGGCCAUUCAUAAGUCCGCCCAAGGCAUGUGGAAUGAUUCCAUGAUAGAUUGUAUUGGUAAGAUUGGGGAAGUAGUGGUCCAGUCAGGAGAGGAUGUGACAGUCAAAUUUGAUGUUGGUAGCUGGACAUUUAAGGAGAUGGCCCUGGAUAAGGUAAAGCAGCUGAAGAAAGGAGAGACGGUGAGAGUGAGGGAUAAUGAACAGGAGGUCAAGGAGCUCCAGAACGGACAUGGCAACUGGGACAGUCAAAUCAGGAAGACACUUGGAAAGAAAGGAAAAGUGCAUUCCAUAGAUCACUAUGGUGAUGUCAAAGUGGCUUUUGGCUCUAUGAAGUUCCAGUUUAAUCCAGCAGUCCUGGACGCAGCGGAUGGGGAACCUGACAUACUGACUGAUGACAUACCACAGAAGACUACCCCAGAUACCAGUGUGACAUUGCCUUCUCCAGCUGCAGCAGUCGCCCAAAAAACUACUCCUGUCAAACAACAAGAAAAGAAGUCUUCAGACCAACUUCUGGCAGAGCUGGAGGAGGCAGUGAGGGAGGGGUACUCGGACCGUGUCAGGAACAUGCUAGAGGAACAUGUCUACCUGAGGGAUAUGGGAAAGCCUCCCAUGAUUAUUACAGCUUGUGAGCUGGGCCACACUGAGGUAGUCAAGGAGCUGGUCAAUGUCCACUGUAACCUGGAUGUAAGAAAUGACAAGGAUGCGUCUAAAAGUGAUCCAUUGUUGACAGCGGUGAGAAAGAAGCACCGAGAUGUGGUGGAGGUACUUCUUAAUGCUGGAAUAAAGAAAACUGUAACCAACAGAAAUGGCCAGACAGCUAUCCACAUCGCCGUCCAGGAACGGGAUUUACAGAUGUUGACCAUUCUACAACAACAUAAACUGGACAUUAACAAAAAGGACAACCUUGGGGACAGCGCCAUCACGGAUGCAAUAUCUACUGGCGAAAAGCGAUUUAUUGACAUGGUGGUGGACUGGCAGGGCAUACAACUGAAUUACUUCAACCGACGCAGCUUCUCUCCACUUCACUUUGCAGCUCGCAAGGGCGAACUCUAUGCUGUACGGAAAAUUCUGCAGAAGGACCCUAGUCUGGUCAACAUCCCAAAGAAUGACGGUUUCACAGCGCUUCAUCUGGCUGUGGGUCAGGAUCAUGUUGGCAUUGUGCAGUUUUUAGUGGGCAUGCCUUCGACAGACAGGGAGGCAAAGACCAGCAAAGGUUUGACCCCUCUUCAUGUGGCUGCUAUCCACGAGAGUGUGAAAACCAUCAACCUAUUCUUAGGACUUGAAGAUGGAACUGAACCAGUUUCCUCCACACAACCCAUGGUAGACAUAGACAACAUCGAUGAUAUGGGUAAUAACGCCCUCCACUUGUGCCUCAAGGGAGAUGACUCUGAUGGUCAACAGCAGUCCUUACCAUCUGAGGAGAGCAUACGGCGACAAAUCGAGAUCGCUUUGAAACUGAUCCAUCGUGGGGUUAAGUACAAUGCCCCCAACGUUGAAGGGAAGACUCCGCUCGAGAUUUGUACCAAUGAACGAGUGAAAGAACCCAUCCGCAAAGCCUUGCAGGAAAAAGAUGUGAGACACAAAGCACAGCCUGUCGCAGUCACCUCCAUUACGUGUAUGUCGUGUGAUGAGGAUGAAGCUAGUUACCAGUUGAUUCCCUGUCUGUGUUACAUCUGUGUUGAAUGUGGGGGUCGUAAGGCCAAGAAGUGUCCUAACUGUUCCAAGGAGGUCCAGAGUCGUAAUAAGCUGUAGAGAACUAUCACCACUAUAUGUGGCAUCUAAGGAGCUUCAAGCAUAAUUCAUAAACUGUGUUAAAUACUUAUUCUGAUAUAAUUGUACAAUGAUCAUAUUACAUUUCUGUAUCUUUUACACAAUGAAAUGGUUGCCAACUUGUCAGAAGAACUUAUGUGAAAUUAACAUGUGGAAUGCUGUACCCGAAGUCUUUGUUUCAAUAAGGUUUUCAAUAGUCACCGUAACUUUGAUAAACACAGAAGAACAAGAGCUCUAAUUGGACUAUUCUACCUGACAAAAGUCUUUGAUAAGACCUACCUGUCCUACCUGUCCUAUUAACUAAGAGACCCCACAGGUUGUUUCCCAGAGGUAAUUUCCAUGUUAAUGAAGUUGUCAUGAUGACAGAUCAGUAACACCCCAAAAUAUCUUCAUUGUUGCUGAUAUGUUUACGUCUUAAAGGAAAAAUGUAUGUAGGUAUAGAUUGUUUCAUACCUGUGAAGUAUUUAGGUAAUAGUAUAGAGAGAUGAUGUCCAUUUCUGGACAGGUCGAUUAUACAGUGUAUUAUAAAUGGGAACAUUAUCACUUCAUCAUGUUUGUCUGCUUCGAAGAGUUUACUUUUCAAUGUAUUUAUGUCACGCAUGUGCAUUUCAUAUUAUAAAUUUUUAAAUAAAAUCUAUGUUUCAAUCUUGAAAA